GCAUUGUUUGGGUUCGGAAGGUGAAGAGGAGAAAAAGACUAUGGAGGGUUUGAAGAAGAGAAAGCUGGAGCUGGACGAAGCAGGCAACGGUGAAUUGGCUUCCAAGGAAGAGCUUCGCUUCCUCAUUGAACCUCUCGCUAAACCCCAGCUCGUCGAUCUUCUUGCUAAACUAGGGUCCCAAUAUCCUUCAAUUGCAGAAGAAAUAAAAAGUAUUGCAAGUGCAGAUCCUGCCCAUCGAAAGCUUUUUGUUCGUGGCUUGGCCUGGAAUACCACUUCAGAAACAUUGCGUGCUGCAUUUCAAGAGCACGGAGAAAUUGAGGAAGGAGCUGUGAUCUUUGAUAAAGUGACAGGAAAAUCCCGUGGCUAUGGAUUUAUAACUUUCAAAAAUAUGGAAUCAACUCAGCAAGCAUUGAGAGCCCCUAGCAAGUUAAUUGAUGGGAGAUUGGCUGUCUGUAAUCUAGCUUGUGAGAGUCUAAGCGGAACAAGUAGUGCUCCUGAUCUUUCCCUGAGGAAGCUUUAUAUUGGAAGCUUAUCACCAGAAGUCACAAGUGAAAUUCUCCUUAACUAUUUUGCGAGGCAUGGUGAAAUAGAGGAAGGUUCAGUUGCAUAUGACAGGGAUACAAAUGAAUCACGUGGUUUUGGCUUUGUCACAUACAAGACAGCGGAGGCUGCAAAGAAGGCCAUAGAUGACGUAGAAAAGAUGCUCGGGGGAAGGAAUAUAGUUGUAAAAUAUGCUGAUUCCCACAAAGGUAAAACUGGCCAGCCGCCAUUUCCUUCUGGAGUGGUUCCAAUGGCACCCUUACCUAUGAACCCAGGAUACAUGCAACCUGGAAAAGGUCAUGUUGGUUCAGGGCCCCCAAUCAAUUACAGUUACCCCCAAACAGUAGCACCAUAUUCUGCAUCUCCUUAUCCAAACCCUCCUCCCACUGCACCCUCACUUUAUCCAAUACAAUGGCAGAUUCCUUAUCCUCAAGUUUCUGCAAAGAAAGACCAACAUGGGGAUCCGCCUGCUGCUGUAGGAAUGAACCCUUAUUACUAUCCCAAGCAAUGAAUGUAUUUAAAACUAAAGAUGAUGAUUUUGGUACUCGUUUCUUUUCUUUGCCUUCCUUUUCAAAUCGUUUUAGACCCUAGUUACCUCUCCUAUCCCCAUCACUUAUUAAUGCAGUUCUGCGACCUUUCUUUGCAGCUAUUGAUCUCUUGUAGAGUUUUGACAUUCUUUUUUAUUACUUGUAAUAUUGACUAUAAUUUUUUUUAUUAGAUUUUUUUCAUAAUAUUUUAAACGGGAGUAACAUUUCUUUUCUGCA